CCGAUUUUUUGAGACAUGUGCUUGAACUUCGCCCAUACCGCAGACAUAGCAGUGACUAUAAACCUUUGAAUGGAAAACAUGAAACCCUGAAAAAGGUGUAUCGAGUGACGUCCAAAUAUCAGACCCAUUAGAGGAUGGUUUUGUGUCAGUUUGUUCAAAAAUCGUAGGGACGGGGAGCGAUAGUAAGCAUUACUGCACAUGUAGUUCACCGACUAAUGGGAUGAAAACUUACUUAUACCGCUCACUUCCCUCGAUCGCUUUUCUUCUGUUUCCUCUAUAUUCCUUCACCUCUCUUGCAAUAAACGAGUCUCAAUAUGCCCAGACAUGUGUCUUUCGGAUCUGAGAGUGAUCACUUCGAUCCCGAGAACAGCUCACCGCUUAUGACAAGCCGUGAUAGCAUGGAGAAAUAUCAUGACUACAGUCGCGAUUGCAGCAGCGAUGGCUCGACAAGGGACAGUAGAGCACCAGCCGCUUACCAGAAGCAAUGGCUCUUUUACCUCCCUAUCGUCUUCAAUGGUCUUUUGACUCUCCUGGUAUUCGGUCUGCUGGUCUGGAUCUUCAUGCUCCAGAGCAGGAACUACGAUAUCUUCGCACACGUCCCUCCCUACUCGAGCGAGAUCAUAUACACACCCGAUGUGGCUCCACCCUUGCUUGGUCCCGAGUUCCAGAAACAUACGGAAGUCUUCCAUCGAAACGAGAGCUUCAUGGGGAUGAAGGCGAAAGCAUACCCAGCUUGGCAUGAGAUAUUACAUCGUUCCAGACACGGGCGUGUAGCAUUUGACAGUCGACCUGAUGAGUUUUUCGGAAUCGGUGGAUAUCAUGAGCUGCAUUGCGUUUGGUUGUUACAACAGACCAUCGACAAAGCUCUUACCGGAGUUGUUCCCGACGAGAUUGAAGCCGACCACUUGUAUCACUGUGCCGAGUUUCUGCGACAGUCCGUCAUGUGUCAUGCUGAUAACACGAUUGAGAGGAGAUUCAAAGGUAUCCUCGGGCCUUUCUCUGCCAACAAUACGCAUGUUUGUGGUGAUUGGUAUGCUCUGAUGGAUUGGGCAGAUGCACACAAGUACACUGGGGUCUACCUAAACCCUACUACCAAGCUUCCUCCAUAA